AUGUUGCAACGACCAGUCAUUGCUAUCGCAGGACUCUCCUGUGAGACCUCCUCUUUCUCCCCCGCUCGGACACCGGGCGGGGCAUUCCACCCGCGCCGUGGCCCAGAGGUCGUCGAGCAGUACGCGUUCCUACAUCACGGUGGUUCUCUAGCAAAUUCCGCCGACUGGAAAGGCGCACUAACAGGGCAUGCACUUCCAGGCGGAGUCGUGGUGCGCGCUGAUUUCGAAGAGCUAUCGAGUGAAAUUCUAGACCGUUUGGCGGUAAUCGUCGCCGCCACACCUCUCGACGGACUGUGGUAUGAUAUUCACGGAGCAAUGUGUGUUGAGGGAAUGGAAGAUGCUGAAGCCGAACUUCUCCGGCGGAUUAGAGACGUGGUCGGUUCCAAUGUUCUGGUCUCGGCCUCGAUGGAUUUGCACGGAAACGUGUCCAAGAAGCUAGCACAUCAGACCGAUUUGAUCACCUGUUUCCGUACGGCACCACAUGAAGAUGAAUUGGAAACGAAAGAGCGUGCGUGUCGGAAUCUUGUCGGAAUAUUGGCAAUGCGACCGGAAACUGGGGGAGUGAGCAGACCUUUCAAAGCGUGGGUUCCAAUCCCCAUCUUGCUGCCUGGAGAACAGACCUCGACACGCGUUGAACCCGGAAAAAGCCUAUAUGAGCUUGUUCCUGCUGUUGAAUCAAAGGAAAGCAUCCUGGACGCAGCCAUUUGGGUGGGUUAUCCUUGGGCAGAUGAACCGCGAAACCAUGCAGUUGUCAUGGUCACCGGAUGGAAUGAGGCUGAAGCCCUAAAGGAAGCAGGCCGACUUGCGUCUUCGUUCUGGAAAAUUCAUAGAAACUUUCAUUUUGUCGCACCAACUGGCUCUUUCUCUGACUGCAUCGAAAGCGCGCUGGCAUCCCGAAGGAGACCAUUUUUCAUCUCUGAUUCAGGAGACAAUCCUACUGCUGGCGGAUCAGGCGAUGUAACAUUUACCUUACAUCAACUAUUGAAUCGACCGGAGUUCCGCGAUACGGAUGGUCCAUCUGUGAUAUAUGCCAGCCUUCCAGGACCCCAGGCACUGGCUGUUAUGACCAAGGCAGGGGUGGGAGCUGUCGUGACAGUGACUGCUGGAGCACAGGUAGACAGUGUACAUGCUGGUCCCAUCACCAUGACUGGACGCGUUCAUUCUAUCAGGUAUGGGGAUCGUGACGCCGAAGUUGAAGCGGUCUUGCAAGUUGGGAAUGUUUUUGCCAUCUUAACCAAGCUACGCAAGCCUUAUCACCAUGAGAGUGAUUUCGCCGGUCUUGGCAUGAACCCUCGAUUAGCAGACAUCGUCAUUGUCAAGAUUGGCUACCUAGAGCCGGAGCUAUCUGAUAUGGCCGCAGAUUGGAUGCUUGCUUUGACUCCUGGUGGUGUUGAUCAAGAUCUGCAACGUCUUGGACACCAUCGAAUUCACCGUCCUAUGUGGCCCUUUGACAAAACCUUCGAUAGGCCCCCAGACCUUACUCCUCUAUUGAUUUCAUUUUCAAACGCUCAAAAUGAGAAGCAAUAUGACUGA